AAAAAAUACAAAUAUAUUAUAUUUAAAAAUAUGUCUUAGGACUUCCUUGUACAAUGGGGAGAAACAAGAAUGUUAUUCUGGGAUUUCUUAAAGACAAAAUGCAGAAGCGUAUUCAGAGUUGGGAGGGUAGACUCCUUUCAAAGGCCGGUCGUGAAGUGUUACUUAAAACAGUUGCUCAAGCUCUUCCUAGCUAUGCCAUGUCGGUCUUUUUGUUGCCUUUAGACACUUGCUCUGCUUUGGAAAGUAUGAUGUCUAAAUAUUGGUGGAAUACUACUUCUCAAGACACCCAUGGUAGCACCUGGAUGAGUUGAUAAGAGGCUUACGAAGAGUAAAAGUGAUGGAGGUAUGGGAUUUCGUAGCCUUCAUGACUACAAUCUUUCUUUACUCGGCAAACAAGGCUGGCGCCUUCUUCUUAAUGAUCAUACUCUUGUGGGACGUGUGUAUAAAGCGAGAUAUUAUCUUCAAGGAAAUUUCCUUACUUCCUCACUUGGAAGCAACCCAAGCUUCAUUUGGAAGAGCAUCUUUGAGUCACAAGAUCUAAUUAAAACAUGUGCUAGAAUUCGUAUUGGUUCGGGUCUAGAUACUAAUGUCCUCAAUACUCCUUGGCUCCCAUCAGAUACGUCUCCUCGUGUGGAAUCUGAUCAUCCUUCUCUGCACUCCUGCAAAGUCUAUCAACUAAUGAAGACUGAUGUUAAAGAGUGGGAUUCUGAAGUGUUAUAUGACCUUUUCAACUCAAGAGAAGCACAGAUCAUUCUCCAGAUUCCUCUUAAUAGCAAUUCCAUUGAAGAUGUCUGGUAUUGGAGCAAAGAACCAACUGGUUUCUACUCGGUGAAAAGUGCUUACAAGCACCUACAAGUUAUAAAGGGUAAUUGGUCCAUGGAUGAUAAUUCGAAUCUGUGGAAGAAUUUUUGGAAGAUUAAAGUCCCUCCUAAAGUUCUCCACUUUGCUUGGCGUGUAUUAACUGAUUGUUUGGCAACCCGUGUUCAACUUCAAAUUAAGCGAGUCCCGGUUCAGAAUCAUUAUUUAUUUUGCAACUCUGCAGCUGAGACUACCCUUCAUUUGUUCCUUGAUUGCCCUUUCUCAAAGUCUUGUUGGAACAUAUCAGCUGUGACAAUUCCCCGGCCCUUCGACUGCUACCAGCUUUCUUGACUGGUUUACUGUAGUGUGGAAUCGGCAUAAAGGUGAUGCCAUUGAAGAAGUUUUAAUGAUCAGUUGGUCUAUUUGGAAAGCCCGCAACAACAUUGUUUGGAACAAUAAAACAAGUACGGCUGCUGAAGUUGUUUCUACGGCACAUCAAGUUCUUGGUCAAUGGAAAUUUGCUCAAAGCUGUCGCUUUGAGCCGCUGCACCUAAGCUCAAAUAACAGUAGCAGCAACGAUUAUUGGACAAAACCAGCAGAAGGAAUGAUCAAGAUUAAUGUCGAUGGUGAAACGUUUGAAGCCAACAAUUCCUACGGGACAGGUUUCAUUGUUCGGGACUCGAAUGGAGCUGUCAUUUUUGCAUCUUCCUAUUAUUCGACGGGACUUUCAAGUGCACCCAUUGCUGAAAUGAUAAGCAUCACACUACAAGAAUAAUGGGUAAUACCAACGCCACUAUUACCAACGCCAAAAAGUCCUCAUUAAAAGUGAGGGUAUCAAUAACGACACUUACUUGUCGUUGGGAAAUAUAUUCAAUUUUUUUUUUUUAAAAAAAAAUAGUAAAUCACUAACGACUUUUUUUUCAAUAACGACAAUGUCGUUAUUGAAAAAAGCUUCAAUAACGACAUUGUCGUUGGGAAAAAUUUUAUUAUAUUUUGAAAAAUGUCCGUUGCAUUGGCGGCAAAUUUCCCCCCUUUUUUUUACAAUGUCGUUGGGGACUUCUCCAAUAUAAAAAAAAAAUGCUGAAAAUCCUAUUUCAUUUAUCUCAUCCCCUAUUUCAUUUAUCUCAUCCCCUAUUUCAUUUCAGCUAAAGAAAACCCAUCCCCUCCGCCUCUCCCUUCAAAAUCCGAAAACCCAUCCCCUCCGCCUCUCCCUUCAAAAUCCGAAAACCCAUCCCCUCCGCCUCCCCACUCCGGUCGUCGACGUCCUUUGCUGCCACUGCCGGCUCUCCUCCGCCUGAAAUAGCGUCGGCCAACCACCAGCGGCGAGUUGUGAGUCGCCUCAGACGUCUUAUGUGUCAGAGCCUCGGAUGCCACAAAUGUCACGAUGCCACAAAUAGGACAGCAGACUUCUCAGAUGAUACCGACACAACAAGGGCAGCAGACAUCUCAAAUGAUGCCGACACAACAAGGGCAGCAGACAUCUCAAAUGAUGCCGACACUACAUGUGCAGCAGACAUCUCAGAUGAUGACAAGUUCGCAAAUGCCGCCAUACUACCCACAUAUGUCGGAUGUUCCUGGAGAUGCUAGUGAUGAGGACGAUGCUACUACAAACUUCUUUUUGAAUUUUUAUUUUAAUUUAACAAACUAUCGGUUUAAUGUUUAUUAAUAUUUUAUGAACACUUAUUUAUAUUUAAGUAUGCAGUAUUGUAAUGUUUAUGACUCACUUUUUAUUGUAAUAUUAGUGACUCUAAAUAUUUACUUUUAGUUAAAU